AAGGAAACGGGACUCGCGGUAUCCCUCGGGGACGUUUCCUAAUCUCUCUCGGAGCCGCAGAACGUCAACAAAGUGUGUCGUCGGCUCAGCUGUGGCCGUGCAACUUGACAAAUUAGCAUGGGAUGUAGGGACGUACGUAUUUCUAGGCUUGUUUUAACGAUUUGUGGCAUGUUACACAAGAAAAGAUGGCGCUAGGAGUAGGUAACUGUCAAGUGUUGGUGCUGAUUUUGUGCAUUGGUGAGCUUCUGACAGUAGGAAUUCUCCUAUUCAGCCAUGGAUUUCUUUUGACAAGACAGGUUGUAGAUAAGAAGUCGACAUGUAAAGAUAUUGAAGAUUUAACGUUACACAUGAAAAAUUACACCAGAUUAAAAAAUUCUAAUGAUUGCUGGACAGCUCCCAUCUUCAAAAAGGCAGUAAUUCUUUUAAUUGAUGCUCUACGAUAUGAUUUUGCCUUGUACAACAGCUCUAUCAAAGAUCCGAGACCUUAUCAAAACAAGAUGGAAGUAUUUGAGAGCAUCAUAAAAUCACACCCAAUGCAUGCACGAUUAUAUCCAUUUGUAGCUGAUGCUCCUACAACUACAAUGCAACGUUUGAAGGGCCUCACAACAGGAAGUCUUCCCACAUUUAUUGAUGCCAGUCAAAAUUUUGCCAGUGAGGAGAUAAAUGAAGAUAAUAUUGUUGAUCAACUGGUUGGAUGUGGGAAAAAAAUUACCAUGUUAGGAGAUGAUACCUGGGGUGGACUCUUCCCUGGCAGGUUCAAUAGGGCUUUCUUGUACCCUUCUUUCAAUGUCAUGGAUCUCCACACAGUAGACAAUGGUGUGAUUAGCCAUCUAGAUGAAGAAUUAGCACGUGAUGACUGGGAUAUUAUUAUUGCACAUUUUUUGGGAGUUGAUCACUGUGGUCAUCGUUAUGGUCCAGAUCACCCAGAGAUGGAGCUCAAGUUGCUUCAGAUGAAUGAAAUGAUAAAGAAUGUUAUGAAGAACAUAGAAGAUGAUACAUUGCUACUGGUGUUAGGUGACCAUGGCAUGACCAGAACUGGUGAUCAUGGAGGAGAUUCUGUUGAUGAAAUUACUGCUGCCCUUUUUGCAUACAGCCAUUCUCUUAACAUUCCAUUGCCCUUACAACAUCAGUCUGUCCCGUUCCCAGUGGCACAAGUUGACUUAAUCCCUACUCUAGCACUGGCCUUAGGAGUUCCAAUACCUUAUUCAAACUUGGGAAGGGUUAUAGAAGAUCUUCUUAUUACUGUGAAUCACACUUUUGAGGAAGCUGCUCAUCAUCAGGUUUUUAGCCUUGAAUUAAAUGUGCAUCAGGUAGCAAACUAUUUAGAGGAAUAUAGGAAGCAUGGCAGCGAGUUUCCUGAUGACAUGUGGCAGAGGCUAGAAUUUUUAAGUGAAAAAAUAUCACGUGAUCUCCACGAAUUGCCUCUAGACAAGCAAAAGCAAGUGUUUGUGGAGUAUCUUACUUUGGCAAAGUUGAUGUGUGAGGAAGUUUGGGCUAAGUUCAGUAUGACAGGAAUGACUAGCGGUCUUCUUCUUAUGGUUGCUGUAAUUACUUUGGCUUAUCUUGUUUUGUCUAGUGAAGUAAUGGCUGAUGACGAGAUGUGUAUUGUUAAUCGUAUUUUUUAUAUUACUCUCUUUGUAAAUGCCUUGUUUGUUUUCUCAUUUUAUAUUAGUGUCGUCAUUCUGGGAUUAGUUGCCUUUUUAGUGUUGGCAAUAUUUUUAUAUUUUCAUAGGAGUAGGUUUUCGAAUAUAUUUGCUAAAAUUGAUCUUUUGGAAAUCAUUCCAUUAUUUAUUGCCCUCUCUGUAUGUUUAGGAACGUUUUCUAAUAGUUAUGUUGUUGUAGAAAAUUAUGUUACAGCAUUUCUCUUAGUAUCAGUUGUAACAGUGCAAGUUUUCUCAAGUUUUAUGAAGCAACAAAAAAAGAAAUCUGUUUAUGGUUUACCAAGCAAACUAGUGAAGUGGGCAAGUAAUUAUUGGGGCCUUAUGAGCAUUUCAUCUCUUCUGGUAGUAUUAGUUUGUGUACGCAUUAGUUCAUGGUUUUGGAAGUGUCGUGAGGAACAACCGUGGUGUAUACCAGGUCAUGUACAUACAACCUUAGCUGGUCUUCCUCAGGUUAUGAGGAAUUGGCGCUACUUCACCAGUGUUUUUUCACUUAUUCUACUAACAUGGUUACCUCGUCGAUGGCUAAUGAUGUGUGGUAACUUGAAUGGAUCAAAAUUAGGUGUAGUCUUAGUAAGGAAAGUGCCUGUGAUUUGUAGUAUACUAGUAGCAAGUCAUUGGGCUUUACAAGCUGUGCCAUCAUUGCAGGGAUCUCCCUUAAGGAUGUAUGUUGUAUUACCACCGUUGUUAACAUAUUUUUUUGCAGUAUUCCUCAUGGCACUCCUUUUCUUUGUUCCUCUGUUGAUUUAUGAAGUUCCUCCCAGAAAGGAUGAUAUAGGGCCAGUGACAGAGAACCCAUAUAAUUGUAUACCUCAGCUGUAUCAUAGCUUGAAAGCAAAGUAUAGCACUGACAAUCCAAAGAGACAAAGCAUUCCCAUUGUUUACGGCCUUGCAACUGCUGUGUCUGCCCCAUUGGUUGGUACUCUAAUUGUGUUGCUCAUUGUUAUUGUGCUAUUGGCUGGUGAUGGUGUAUCACCAGGUAUCCUCCUCCUAGUAGGAACUACAGUAGCAUGUCUUAGUGCGCAAGCUGCUUCAACAUGGAUGAAUGCAGAUUCCUUAGGAGAUGUAAUGAAGCCAUCUUGGUCAUCCGUGUGUACCUGGUUUAUGCUUAGCCUCCACUUUUUCUACAGUACAGGGCAUCAUGCCACAUUUCCAUCAUUGCACUGGUCAGCAGCAUUUGUUGGUUUUGAGGGCCAGUGGGGCAGUAGUAAUGUUAUACCAGCCAUUCUUGUUGGAUUCAAUACAUUUUCAGCACAAAUUAUAUUUGCUUUCUCACUUCCACUUAUAGUGCUGUGCCCUCUGUCAUUUGGCGUUGUCUUCCCAAAGCUCAGGAACAGCAGGUUGGAAGGGGAGGACACACGGCAGGGAGAGUUCCUUUUUGUUGAGGAUAGAAAAAUAGCUGCAAGUUCCUUGUUGUUUACUUCAGUAUUGUACAUUAUAUUACAUGCUAUCAAGGUGCUGUUUUCAGCAGCUUCAGCCUUCAUACUACGACGACACUUAAUGGUGUGGAAGAUAUUUGCCCCUCAUUUCAUAUUUGAUGCUGUUAGUUUCAUUGUUACAAGUUUCUUUGUUCCCUUGGGGGUACUCUUUACUCUUCGGAUUAUAGAUGUACUCGACAUGUUUGGUGUUUAUUUACGUCACAAGUAUAGUUGAUAGGAAGUGAUACUUGGAAUAUGUAUACUAUUCCUUUUUGUUUUAUAUAUUGUAAAUAUAUCCUCUAUGGGAGGCUGAACAUUACCACAAAAAUAUUUCAGUGUAUACACUAAAGAUAUUUCUUUAUUGAUAUCUUGAUUCAAGUAUAUAUACUGAAGUAUUUAAGUAUUGCACAUGUAAAUAUGAUUUUAUAUUGAAAAUGGAAUGGACAGCUGGUUUUCUAAA